AUGACUGCUGCUAGGGUGCAACAUAAUGAACCUCUUGAUUUGAUGCUGAAUACUUGUCAAAUGAGAAGUGCUGUUCAUGUUCAGUGUCUUCGCAUUGUCCCAGUAUCGCUCAGUCGUGACGAGGCCAUCUUGGCAAGUGCACGGGCAGAGGUGGAUGCGCAAAAAGUGAAGGAA